AUGUACCAAUUCCCGGACCUGCUGAGGGAUCGGCAGGCGCUGGGCGGCUACGCCCCGGGCCCGCGCCCCUUUGUGCGGCCGCGGGCGGGCACCAUGCUGUCCACCGCGGGCAGGUAUGCGGUGAAGAAGAGGAAAAAGCCGGUGCGAAGGAGACCCAGGCCUGGCGUCAACCGGUCUUCAGAGGGCUUCCUCAGGGACGCGGAGACCCCGGAGCCUGGCGGCACAACCCCCAGGGGCGCAGGGUUCCCAGCGCAUGGGGGCGGCUUUCCUCCAGAGGGAGCCAAGUCCAACCCUUCUAAACGGCACCGGGACCGCCUGAAUCAAGAGCUGAGCAAACUGACCAACUUGCUUCCCUUCCCCGAGGAUGUGCGGGCCCGCCUUGACAAGCUCUCCAUCCUCAGGCUGAUUGUGGGCUAUCUAAAGGUGAAGAGCUACUUCACAGCCACCCUAAGGGACAGCAUUGAAGACUGCCCAGCCGACCCACCCAUGAAUCCAGGAGGAAGUGAGCAUACCUCUCCACAGGUCAAUCUACAACUGUUUCCUGAAGGGGACUUGCUUCUUCAGGCUCUCAACGGCUUCCUCAUGGCUGUUACAGAGGAUGGCUAUGUUUUCUACGUCUCUCCCACAGUCCAGGACUACCUAGGAUUUCAUCAAUCAGAUGUCAUCUAUCAGAGUGUGUUCGAGCUGAUCCACAAGGAGGACAGAGCCAUGUUCCAGAGCCAGUUUCUCUGGCCUGCAGAUGCAGCACCUGUCAGCAGAGAGGGUGAGCAGGACAUCCACCGUAAGUCACCAAGGCUUGUGGGUGGCUCCUCCACCGACAGCCUGCAGCAUCAGCCCUUGGAUGACCCCUCCUAUCUGGAAAGAAGUUUUGUUUGUCGCUUCCGCUGCCUGCUGGACAAUUCUUCUGGGUUUCUGGAGUUGAAUUUCCAUGGCCAUCUGAAGUUCCUCCCUGGACAGAACAAUAGGUCAGAAGAUGGUAUCCUCAUGUCUCCUCAACGCACCCUGUUCGCCAUUGCAGCACCUCGCCAGCCACUCACCAUCCUGGAGCUCCAAGAUGAAAUAUUUCUUUUCCAAACAAAACACAAAUUGGAUUUCACACCCAUAGCCUGUGAUUCCAGAGGCAAGCUGGUCCUGGGCUACACCGACAGCGAACUCUGCAGGAGGGGCUCCGGCUACCAGUUCAUCCACGCGGCCGACAUGAUGCACUGCGCCGAGAACCACGUGCGGCUGAUGAGGACGGGCGAGAGCGGCCUCACGGUGUUCCGGCUGCUCACCAAGCAGGCUGGCUGGCUGUGGGUGCAGUCCAACGCCCGCCUGCUGUUCCGCGGCGGCCAGCCCGACUGCAUCGUCGCCCGACAGCGGGCCCUGACGAAUGCAGAGGGGGAGGAGCACCUGCGCAAGAGAGCCCUGCAGCUGCCAUUCAUCUUCACCACAGGGGAAGCCAUCCUGUAUGACAGCAGCCCCCUGAGCCCUGUGGAUGCCCUCCCAGCCAGGAAGAGGAUCAGGACAAGGAAGGGCACCCCCACUGGUCAGGGUCCUGUGCGCCCAGGCUCUCUUCUGGGAGCCAUGAUGCAGCAAGAUGAAUCCAUAUACUUGUCCUGCAUUGCCCCAACCCCACAAGGCUCACCCUUGGAGAGGUGGAGGUCCAAUGACAGUCAUGAGCACAAGGAAGAGAAAGAGGAGGAGGAAGACAACUCCCUCCAGGCUCUCACUGAGACCCUGCUGGAGAAGGACACAGAAGAACAGCCUGAUGUCUGCUGCACUCUCCAGCACCUGGGGGUCACUGACCUCAGCCAGAGAAAAUAUCCCUAG